CAGCAGAGAGCAAACGCGCCAGUAAAAGAACCGUAGAAGAAGAGCGAACCCUGCAGCUAGCUCCUGCAAGGUAGCAUGAUAUUUUUAUUGAAAUUGUUAUAAAAAGUUCCAGUUCGUCAUGAGUUCUCCGCAGGACAAACACGGAACUAAACGUCCUGCUUCUCCCAGUCAAGAUCAAGAUGGGUCGACUCAGUGGGCGGCCGCCGACUUGGGCAGUGACGAGAGGAAGCAGAAGUUUUUACGGCUGAUGGGCGCUAGCAAGAAAGAGCCGACCGGCCGCCUCGUCAUCGGGGACCACAAGUCCACGUCGCACUUCCGCACCGGGUCGGAGGAUAAGAAGAUGAACGCAGAGCUGGAGAUGCAGUACCAGCAGGGGAUGGACGGGAAGCUGUCGGGUCGGAACCGGAGGCACUGCGGGCUCGGUUUCAGCGAGCCGGACUCGGAACCGGAGUUGGACGGCGCCCCGGCGGACGGAGACGCGGACGAGCCGGAGAAAUCGUCCAGCGAAGACGCCCCCACAGAGACUCAGGACACAGACUGUGAUCAGAACCCGGACACCCCCACGGGCCUGGCCCGGUCCGGCUCGGAGGACCAGGACGACGAGGACGAGGAGGAGGAGCGGGAGCGGAGACACAACUGCAAGACGGCGUCCGUGAAGUCGGCGUAGGCCGGGCCGGUCCGACCGUCACACGUGGACAGCCUGGCGUCUUGUGUUUAACCGUCCGUCCUGGGUUCCGUAGAAGCAGCAGCGCUGUGGUUCUGGUUGUGGUUCUGGUUCUGGUUGUGGUUCUGGUUGUGGUUCUGGUCCUGGUCCUGGUUCUGGUCCGGCGCUGAGGGAGGCCCGGGGCCGUUUUUAGUCCGAACCUUUUACCGUCGCCUGCUGGACGACCGGAACCGGAACCGCCUGCCGUCCAGCACGCCGCCGACCUGAGUUUGUCUUUUUAUGUUUUUCUGUUUUUUUUUUUUGCAAACCAAUAAAAGAAGGUUGAAUUGUUA